UUUGCGGCAGGCAUCCUUUGCGGCAGGCAUCCGCGUAGCAAGCCGGUUGUCCUGAAGCCGCGGCCAGUGAGGAGACAAGGACAUUACGCCGUGACGCCAUGCCUUUCUUGGAUGUGCAGAAAAGGCUGGGCAUUAACAUAGAUCAGGGGUUGACAAUCCAAAGUGCUGAACAGCCAUACAAGAUUCCUGCUCGGUGCCAUGCUUUUGAAAAAGAAUGGAUAGAAUGUGCACAUGGAAUUGGUGGCAUCCGGGCAAAGAAAGAGUGCAAGAUAGAAUAUGAUGAUUUCAGAGAAUGUAUUCUUCGGCAGAAAACGAUGAGACGCAUCAAUACCAUCCAGAAGCAGCGGGAUAAGCUAAUAAAGGAAGGAAAGUACACCCCUCCACCUCACCACUUGGGCAAGGAGGAUCCUAGGCCCUGAGUAGAGCAGCUGCUGAUGGCUGGAGGCUAAUUUUUAUGUUCUCUAUUCUCACUGGAACGAUUACUUAUUGAAAACCUCUUUGUCAGAAGUGUGUAAAUAAAAGAUUGCUCCAUCAAA